AGUCAGUCAAGCUAGUCUAGUCGAACUUUCAGCUGAGCAAAAUGGCUGGAAUGCGCCAGUCUCUGCCCGUCUUCGGGUCAUGCCAUCCAACCAGAUGCCGACCCGAUGUGAAGAAACGAAAAAAAAACAACCAACCAACUAUCCCGACAUCUAAUCUGACAGGGAGGUCCUGUCACUCUGCAGUUCGCUCAUCAACCGACAACCGUUGCCCGGAAAGUGGGGACCGUAAGGUUUGGCUCAGUUCAGGGGCAUCAACAUUGACUCUGCAAUUUCAUUAUGGUUUCUCUCCCCCGAGGGAGGAGUGGAUAUGUUGGGUUGGGUGAUCAACUUCGGUGGCGGGAGAGAUGCAGCCCAUCCCCAGCUCAGCUCAUCCCCCUCCCCUCCACUCAGGGGGUUCGCUUGCGCGCGCAGACCGUUUCAGAUCUGCUUGUCAUCACCACUAGCCCUCUAGUCGCUGGCUAGGCCCGACGGGGCAGGUUCUAUGGACGGGCAAUCAAUAAUCUAAUUUAAUCCCAGAAACUUUG